AUGAAUGAUUUCUACGUCAUACUAAGUUCAGAUUUUUCAGUCAAGAAAAAGUCCAUUUUUUCCUCCACUACAAUGGACAUCAUCUGUAGAGGCAAUUAGUCUUGUUUCGUGCAGGGGUCCAUAUAGGAGACUGUGAAGCCACAAUUGAUCUCUAUCAUAUGAUUGAAGUCCGACCUUUGGUGGGACACAAACACAUUCUUCAUCGCCCUACAAGAGAUGGGAAAAGAAGAAAGAUUGGUGGGUCACCCUCAAAUAUUACUUUACGUAAGGAGUUUCAUAACAUCAUACUUGAUAAAUUAACUUCCACACUAUUGCCUAGAUAAGAUAUCGAACAUGUCAUUAAGUUAUUACUGGGAGAACACCCUCCAACUAGAGCCCCAUACAAGAUGCCCUCGGCACACUUGGAAGAGCUAAGAAAAUAGUUGGAUGAACUAUUAAAAGUAGGACACAUCAGCCCCUCACAUCCACUUUUUGAUGCACCAGCUCUUUUCCAAUGGGAGAAGGCUAGAACUCUAAAGCUUGUGUAGAUUAUAGAACUUUGAACAAAAUUACUAUGAAAAAUAAGUACUCAGUGCUUAAUGUAGAAGAUACGUUUAACUAA